CUUAUAUUAUGGCUGGCCUCUGUAGCCCUUCUGAGAGAGUGGUCCCGGUUCUGGAUGCAGGUCACGCUGUCCCUUUAUCGAGCCCCACGUUGGGCGCCAUUAAAUAUGUCGAACUUAGAGCCCGCCUCCAAGCUGACAUAUCACAAGGGUGAUUUAUACUUAUAAGUAUAACUGUAUUAUCAACUACUUUAACCAAAUCCUUCUAAUUGUACUAUGAUCAAAAUUGAUGAAAUAGUGAGGAAAACUACUCAGACCUGGAUGAGAAUGAGCAAAAACUUCUUUAUUGCAGUCAAUCAGUCAUCCAUUCCAUUGAGCGCUAAGAAAACAAAAACCACUAAGUCAAAAAGAACAAAUGAAAAACCCAAAAAAGAGCAUUCACAUGUAACCAAAAAACUUCUCUCUUGCAAAACAAAAACCCAAAGUGUCAAAAGAAUGAAGGAGCUGCACCAUCCAAAGAUAUUUUCACCGUCCGAACUGCCCCGCGAAAGAACACUGAACUUCCCUUCCAAAUUUCCCCUCAAUAUAUACCCUGGCGCUUCUAAGUGCCUCCUCUUUUGAUUCCUCCUACUUUCAGACAAGUUCCCAUUAUGUUUCAAGUUGUUCUCUGAGGCCCCGCCUGAUCAUUUACAUGCUUCUUCUGAAAUCCCCUUAUUUCCCCGAAUUACCUCAUACGCCCCCUUGGUGACUUCAUGUCCUGUCUUUCUGAAUUCCCCUUAUUUUCCAGAAUCAGCACCUGACCCUUACUCAUAUGCCUUUUAUGGAUUUUCCUUUUUUCUUGAUUUCCUAUUAUUUUCAGCCUUUUUCGUCAUUGUUAUUAAAAAAAUAUGCUCAAGAGAGCUCUACUUCCUUGUUGUUAUCACAUUUGUCGCUCAGCCUUUCAUGACAGACGCUUCGUGGACUAAUCCUCUCUUCAGCUACAAUGAAUUCUCAGCCUCAGAGUCAGCCAAUUCGUCCAGGAUUUCUUGGUCUGCUCCCUAUAGGAGGCCAGUUCCUGCUGAGGUCAUGGCCAGCUAUCGCCGUUAUCAUCUGCGUCAUCUUACUCAGGAGUUCUGCUCUUUUCUGGAACGACUGUAUUCCCCUACACUCCCGGAGCAGCCUCUCUUGCUCUCUCACAUUGUACAGACGCCGUUGACUCACUCUUCUUCAACUCAAACUCCUCUGCCUCCUAUCCUGGUGGAUCAAAGAACACAAACUGAUGGUUGUCCUCAUGCUGAACCCUGUUGCCCUAGGCUGACAACUCCUGCUUCUCCUCCUCGUAUCUCAUCUCCUCCUUUCGCCUAUAUCCAUCCUCUCUCCCCCAGCUUGGCUUCUUCUCCCUCUAACUCUGAGCCUGGUUCCCCAGGCUUUGUUCCUUGUUCUCCCUCUCGUAGGCCUGGAUCCCCAAACUACACUCCCACUUCUCCCAGGCCUGAUAUGUCCGGGUAUCAUUAUUAUUAUAUCAUUAUAUUUUUAUAUUAUUUGCAAUAAACUUCUCUUUCCUUUUAUA